CAGUUUUCACGCAUGGGCCGGAGGAGAGAAAGAUGGCGGCGCCCAGGUUCCCCACACCGCUGCACGGGCACGUGGGCCGCGGGGCCUUUAACGACGUGUACGAGCCUGCGGAGGAUACGUUUCUGCUGCUGGACGCUCUCGAGGCGGCGGUGACGGAGUUCAAGGGAGUGGAAAUAUGCCUUGAAGUAGGUUCAGGGUCUGGAGUGGUAUCUGCAUUCCUAGCCACUAUGAUAGGUCCUCAAGUUUUGUACAUGUGCACUGAUAUCAACCCUAAUGCAGCAGUUUGUACCCUGGAGACAGCACGCUGUAACAAAGUUCAUAUUCAACCCAUAAUUACAGAUUUGGUCAAUGGCUUGCUACCAAGAUUGAAGGAAAAAGUUGAUCUUCUGGUAUUUAAUCCUCCCUAUGUAGUGACUCCACCUGAAGAGGUAGGAAGUCAUGGAAUAGAGGCCGCUUGGGCCGGUGGCAGAAAUGGUCGCGAAGUCAUGGACAGGUUCUUUCCUCUGGCUCCAGAUCUCCUUUCACCAAGAGGGUCAUUCUACUUAGUUACCAUUAAAGAAAACCACCCAGAAGAAAUUUUGAAAACAAUGAAGAUGAAAGGUCUACAGGGGACUGCCGUACUCUGCAGGCAAGCAGGCCAGGAAACCCUUUCGGUCCUCAAGUUCACCAAGUCCUAAUACACAGUGUCUGAUCUCUCUACAGAAGCUGAAUGUAUUCACCAUAUUUUGAAACUGAAGUCAUUUCUUGAUGAACAAGUAAAAAUUGUCAGAAAUUUGUCACAUAGAAAAAGGUGGAAGGAUUAGGCAUUCUCUUUUACCCAGGAAUCAAGCCUACAGAAAUAUUUGCGUAAAUGCUAGUAAAUACAGUGUAUAUAUAGUUUGUAUUUUAUAUAUAUUUUUAUAUUAUAUAUGAAAGAAUAUUCAUUUUAGCAUUACCUAUAAUAGCAAAACAGGGAAAUCUGCCAAAAGGUCCAUCAGUAAAGGGAUUGGUAGAAUAGAUUACAAUAUAUUCAUGAAUAUGAGUCAGAUCUGGAUGUACUGAACCAAAAGGGAUUCAUGAUGUACUUUUGAGUGGAAAAAAAAUAGAAAGUUGUAUAUUUUUGAAAACCAACAGAGAGGGUAGGUUUGUAUGUGUGUAUGAGAAAAUCUUAGAAGAUACCACGUGGGAAUGGAGGAACUUUCAUCUUUUGUGGUAGCAUGUCCACAGUGAUAAUGUAUUACUUAUAUAAUUUUUUUAAGCUUUUAUUUAAAUUUUUUUUUUUUUUACUUUUACUUGUUUAUUGUCUUCAUUGUAUAAUUUAGAAUGCCUUCUGCCUCCAUUCUCCUCCCUGGUCAGAUUUUUCCUACCUUUUUAUCCUUUAUCACAUAUUUGUUUUCUUCUUGCAUAUAUAUAUUGCAAACUGCUGUACAUUUUUUCUCAGAUUAAGAAUUGUAUAUAAACUCAGUAUUCUUAAGGUAGUCACAUUUUGAAAAGCUUAUGUAUGUCUUUCAAGAAAUGUCAAAUUACCUUUGUUAAAUUUAGAAAUCUCUUUUUCUAUAACUUCCACAUCAUGCAUAGGGCCAGAGUGAGAGGAAUCUUGAUUAUAGUUUUGAUGUGGCUACCUGAGAAUCAGAAUCACCUGUGGAAGCUUUUUAAGAUUAUAAACUCUAAACUUCACCAUAAAAAAUCUGUAUUUUUAAAAAUUUACUUCAGCAUUCUUUAAGACAAGCCUGCCAAAAUUGAGAACUAUUGCUUUAAAUAGUAUUGUCAUUUAAUCCUUAGGACAAUCUACAGAAAGAGUGGAAGUAUCCUUCUUCUUUGAUGUUCAGAAAGCUUAAAUAAUUUGUUCAGAGAAGCACAGUAAUAGAGGUAAAGCCAGUAUGGCAGCCUUGAGACACAGCUGUGACUUCAGAAACUUUUUAUCCAUUUGCUUAUGCCACUUUCAGCAGCAAAAAUGCUAAAGUUAGUAUAUACUCGAAUCUGAUAUCUGUAAAUGGAUUCCCUUUCCCAGAAGUAGUGCCCUGUGAAAUCUUAUAAGUAACCUCUCGUAUCCCAGGAAGAAAAUAAAAAGAUAGAAAAAAAGCCUUCUUAGAAUGUUAUUGUGGGUUUUUAGUCAUAAUUUUGGAGAAUGGGGUCUUGAAUAUUUUUCAGAUAAUGUUUGAAACACUUUAAAAUUAGUAUAAAGGACUUCUAUUAUCUUAAGAGACUAAAACCAUAGGAAUACUACAUAAAAGGCAUUGUGUCUGCCCCUCCCUCCCCCACCCCACCCCCCGCAGAGUCACAUGCUGAAGCCCUAAUUCCCAGUACCUCAGAAUGUGAGGUAGUUGGAGGUAGGGCCUUUAAAGAGAGAAGUUAAAAUGAGUUUACUAGGGUGGGCCCUAGUCCACGCUGACUGAUGUCCUUAUCCAGAGAGAUUAGUACAUAUAGAGACACACCAGGGUUGGCCGCACACAGAAGAAAGACCAGGUGAGACAGGAAGUUAUCUGCAAGCCAAAGAGACAGGCCUUGAGAACCUGAACUGGCCAACACCUUGACCUUGGACUUCCAGCCUCCAGAACUGUGAAAAAUUUCUGUUGUUUAAGCCACCCAGCCUGUGGUAUUUUGUCACGGUAGCCCUAACAAACUAACACAGCAGCUAAAGACAGGGAAGUACCUACAUUGUUGUAAAGAAGAGAAAGAAUGCUGGUGUGAAAAGUGGGUGCUGGUGACCAGUAAGGACUGGGGCCCUGAGCCUUCAGGAGGAGAGCUGCAGUUAUAGCUCCGUUGGCAUUAAAAAGAGCUGUUAAAUGUUCUUAAAAAGGGGGCCUGUAACACUACAUCAUUAGCCCAGAGAAAGCAGCAAAAAAAUGAACUUCAUCUGGACCUUGAAUAGAAAGAAAAAUGGUAAUGAUUUGUGGUCUGUGCUACACUCUGUUAGAGGAUUUGUAUUGUCUGUGUGGGGUACCAACAUUAACAAGAAAAUUUUAACAGUAAAGGUAUCCAGACCAUUGAUCACCGCAAAGUUAAAUUACAGUCAGUAAAAAAUAAUAGCUAAUAUUUUUCCAGAAUUGAUUUUUAAAAAAGAAGAUAGAUCCUUCAAGCAUAAACAGACUAAAGGGAAAUCCACACUUAGACAUGUAGUAGCAACACUGUGAAACACCAAAGGCAGAGAUCUUAAAAGGCAGUCAAAAAGAAGGCACAAAUCACUGUCAAGUAGGGUUUGGCAAACUUUUUGUAACGAAAGUAUUAGAACACAGCCAUAUCCAUUCAUUUGGUAUUGCCUAUGGCUGCUUUGGCUUACAGUGGCAGAGUUGAGAAGUUUUGACAGACCACAAAAGCCAUAAGGCCCACAAACCACAAAAUAUUUACUGUCUGGUCCCUUUAAUAUGUUUGCCAACCCCCACUAUAAAGGAAUGAUAAUUGAAUAACAAUAGAAGCUAGAAGCUGGAAGCCAGUGGAAAAACAUCUUCAAAAUGUUGAGAAUAAUGGUUCUUUUGUGUUCCAGAAAAACUGUCUCAAAUGAGGUUUUAAAAAGUAACAUUUAUAUGUAAAAACAAGGACUUUUACCAAUAAAAGAUCUACAAUAAAA